AUGGCUGUGUCCCCCACAUCUGAGCAGUGGGAAUAUAUUUUUGACAUCACAGUGCAGAUGAGGACAAAUUCGAGUUCAGAUCCUGUGGCUGAGGCACAUCAAAAAUUUGCCUUACGCUAUGGGAUAAAGACCCUCUCUCUGGUCAUUGCCCUGGUUGGGCUGGUGGGGAAUAGCAUUGUCCUGUGGAUCCUGGGCUUCCACACCCAGAGGAGCCCCUUCUCUGUCUACAUCCUCAACCUGGCUGGAUCUGACACCCUCCUCCUUGGUAACUGCUUUGGGUUAUGCAUAUGGGAAAUUGUUGAAGAUUUAAAUGCUUCUGUUCUGGAGCUGCUAGGGCUCUGCAUCCUAUACAUGCCCUACUGUGUGGGCCUGAGUUUGCUGGCUGCAAUCAGCACCGAGCGCUGUCUCUCAGUGCUCUUCCCCAUCUGGUACAGAUGUCACAGGCCCAAGCACACCUCUGUGGCUGCGUGUACUGCCCUAUGGGCUCUGCCUGGCCUGGCCUGGGGAUCACUUGUGGCUCUUCAUUUCCUUGCGAAUGACCAUUUCUACUUUAUCUACCACAUUCUGGCUAUUGUCUGGUUCGGGUGGUUCGCCCUCCUCACUUGUGUGCUGUGUGUGUCCAGCCUGACCCUGGUGCUGAGGGUCCAGUGCAGCUCCCAGCGCAGGCGGCCACCCAGGCUCUACCUCCUGAUCCUGCUGGCAGUCCUCGUGUUCCUGCUCUUCGGACUGCCCUUGGGGAUUAUCGAUUCAGUCUGGUUUUUCAGCAGCUUCUCCUUAAUGCCUUAUGGGCUCCCAAGACUCCUGGCCUGUGUGAACAGCAGUGCAAACCCUUUCAUUUACUUCUUCCUGGGCAGCCAAUGGCGUAGAAGAGGGAGGGAGUCCCUCAGGGUGGUCCUCCAGAGGGCCCUGGAGGAGGAGCAGGUGGAAGAGGUUGGGUCGAGGGACACUUCCCACCCCAACACUCUGGAUAAAUUAUCCUGA